AUUUCACGUUACCAUGCGGCAUUAUAACAAAAGGAAGUUAACUGAAGAGGAGAGUGAUACAUUUUUUUAAGCAAUGUUUCAACACAAUAAACGGAUUGGAAGCUUCAUCAAAAUAAUAAGAACAUAAUAAACAAUCGAUGGAAAUUCAAGCGAUAAUUUUUCUGUCAGUGUGUGGCUUCUUUGUUUUGGCUCUCGUUCUUUUGUUUUGCUUUUUAAAAUAUAGAGAAAAAUCGCACUCGACCUAUGAAGAAAUAGCUAAAGAUGAUGAGUUAGACGAAGAUUUUCCAAUACCCGAUUACAAGAAGUCCAUGUUGUCGCUAGAAAGUAAAGACGGUAUUGAAAAAAAAUCCGACUCAGAAGAGCAACUAGCAGAGAUAAAAACUGAGAAAAAUAUUUCAGAAGAGGAGUUCAAUCUGCAACUAAAGUUCUCAAUAAUUUUUUCAGAGGAACAUCAUUUUUUAAUGUUAAACAUUAUUGAAGUUACCGGUGAUUUAGAUAAGUUUGGAUGCAAACAUUUAAGAAUUAAUCUUACUCUGCUUCCAGAGAAAAAGUACCGAAUGAAAACAAAACCCAUUAGUGUAACAAACCUUACCAAUGAAAACGGUAUAGCCGUUUCCUCAGUAAAAGAAAAUUUUAAAUUUUCAAAUAUAACCAGAGAAAAACUCUUCAACUCAGCUUUUCGGCUGCGCCUAUAUGGAAAACAAAAAAGCCAUUUAAAAGAAACAUGUUUUGGUGAAAUAAUUGCUCAACUUGCAGAUGUCGCGCAAAGAAAUGAUGGAUUUGAAACAGUUCGAAAUUUUUUACCAAAAAAAGAAUAAUCGCGUUCCGGCCUAAAUUCUCGAGAUAGCAAUUAUGAUACUUUUCAUUUUUUAUUUUUUAAUUUUUUAAUUUUUAUACUUUUAAUGAGAGGUUUCAUAAAGUUUUUUUAAAAAAAGAAGAAUAGAGUAGGAUAUCAAAACAAUUUACAAAGAUUCAAAACCGCGGCAAGCAGAAGUUAAACACGCGCAGCAAUUCUAAUUGGUUUGUAUUUUGGUUUAAUAAAGUAAUACUUUUUGUGUUUGUUUUUUUAAAAAAUUUUUUAAAUAGUUUUAUUUUAUUUA